AUGGAGUCAAUACACAAUGCCGUGGCCGCUGUGCCGCGAGGUGUCCAAUUGGGUCUCGCCGGUGUUGGAGCUCUGUUCGUGGGCUCCAAGGUCCUCAGCUUCCUCCGCCUGGUCUUGAGCAUGUUUGUGUUGAGCGGCACCAACCUGCGGAAAUAUGGCAAGAAAGGCACCUGGGCCGUGGUGACAGGCGCAUCCGAUGGCCUGGGCAAAGAAUACGCCACCCAGCUCGCCGCCAAGGGCUUCAACCUCGUCCUCGUGUCUCGAACCCUGUCCAAACUCGAGACGCUUUCCCGGGAGCUGGAGGGGAAAUACUCGGGCCAGCAGAUAAAGGUGCUGGCCAUGGACUUCCAGGCCAACAACGACGCCGACUAUGAACGUCUGGCCAACUUGAUCGACGGCCUUGACGUCGGCAUCCUUCUCAACAACGUUGGCCAGAGCCAUAGCAUCCCUGUUCCCUUCACCCUCACCGACAAGGUGGAGAUGGAGAGCAUCGUCACCAUCAAUUGCAUGGGUACCCUCAAGACCACCCGCAUCGUCGCCCCUGCCAUGCAGACCCGGAAGCGCGGUCUGAUCCUCACCAUGGGUAGCUUCGGAGGCUGGAUGCCCAUGCCGUACCUGGCUACCUACUCGGGCAGCAAAGCUUUCCUGCAGUUCUGGUCGACUGCCCUAGCCGCCGAGCUCAAGCCGGACAAUGUAGAUGUGCAGCUGUGCCUCAGCUACCUCGUCACGACAGCCAUGAGCAAAAUCCGCCGUCCCAGCAUGUUGAUCCCCAACCCCAAGCAAUUCGUGCGAGCGGCACUGGGCAAGGUCGGAGUGGGAAGCUGGCAGAACACCUCAUACACCUACACGCCUUACUGGAGCCAUGCCCUGAUGGCUUGGGUCGUUGAGAACACGAUUGGAAUUGGUAGCUCUGUUGGUCUGAGUUUCAACCGCAAGAUGCACAUCGAUAUCCGCAACCGAGCCUUGAAGAAGGCAGCCCGGGAUGCCAAGAAAAACUAG